AUGGCAAAAGGAGGUAACAACCGCGAUACAGAAGAGCACAAUGAAGAUGGAAGAUCCGGAAGAGGUGCUCGUGACAUGGGUGGGAAUGGUCAUCCCAAAGGAGGACGUAGAGAAGGUGGAAGAGGAGAACGUACACGUGGAGAGGGAGGGGGUCGAAGACGCGAAAGAAAACUAAAGGAUCAUCCUUCAGGAUCUUUGACGACACCAACACCAGAUCACCUUCCCAAAUCUUUUUAUCAGGCACCAGUCAUUCUAGAACGUAGACCUCAACCAAGUAGUUCAUCUCAAACAACUACUUCCUCUCAAACAACUAGUCCUCCUCAACUUACAACGACAAAGCCAAUAGCAGAAACUUCUCCCCAAACUCGGUUAUCCAGCACGACACCAGUUCGGGAAGAAGCUUUAUUUAAUCGAGCUACUUCGGCCAAUGUUUCACGUGCAGAGACUAAACUUCUUGGCACGCGAGGAAAAUCUCUUGAAAGACCAUUUGUUAAAAUGAUUAAUGAAAAAGGAAUAUUUAAUAAUGAAUCUGUCUUAAAGAUCCUAAGUGAUCUUCCUGGUCAUUUCGUUGUAGGUGUCUUCGGACCGCAAGGAUCAGGAAAAUCCACCGUUAUUUCUACUUUAUGCCAAGAUCCACAGAAUGCGUUUUCGAGUCAAUCGAUUGAUACCCUUAAUUUUGCAAGUCACGAAACAAUUGGAAUUGAUAUUCAUGUCACUCCUGAAAAAAUAGUUCUUUUGGAUGCUCAGCCGAUUUAUAGUCUCUCAGUUUUAGAACAUGCGAUUAGAAAUGACUAUAUUCCUGAUAAUAUAACACCUGAGGUUUGGCUCGAGUUACAGUCUCUACAACUUGCUUUGUUUCUGUAUUCUGUUUGUAACGUUGUUAUGGUUGUUACUGAAAGUGUUGAUUACGCUACAUGGGAAUUUUUGAAGAAAGCUGAAAUGUUGAAGUAUAGAAUUCCAGAAUACCCAACAAUACCAUCGUUGGCCUCGAGUGAUAAUGGAGUCGAAUAUUAUCCUGAUAUCGUUUUGGUAUGUAACAAAACAUCUCCUACCGAAUUUACAACAGUUAGAUAUGAUCUCGUGUGUGAUAUGUUGAAUAAAAUGUUUCAAGAAUCCAAUUUAAAAAUUUUUGGUACGGUCUCCCUGGCUAAAACCUUUACUAUGUAUAAACGUUCUGAUGAAUAUCUAAUGCCAAAUUUAUUUCUUCUACCUUUUGAGAGUCAACCUCUUCAUCCUAAGGGAAAAGGAACAAGCUCUAAAUAUCCAAAUGCAGAUACGUUUUUAGUUUUCGCAGAAUCAAUGAGAAAUCAAAUAUUUGAAUUGCCAAAAAAAAGUGGCAAAAAGGGACAAAUUUCUGAAAAAGAAUGGUUUAAAAGUGCUAUGAAAGCUUGGGAUUUAGUUCGUAAAUCCGAGUUUAUUAUAGAUUAUGUAAAGUUUUCGCAUAAGUUAAGGGAUAUGUGA